AUGUCGUCGAGGAUGUCGAGGAAGUACUUUUGCGACUGCGCGCGCUUCUGCAAAAGAGGGAGAGAUGUCAGCAGGGCCACGUUCUAUGCGCACGCGCCGUUUAGGUUCAAUCCUCUCGAAGACGAAGACCCAUGCACCGAAGCAACGGAUACUGGGACAGCGAUUCUGGCCGAGGUUCUGAACGGUAUACUGGACAUUCCUAACAAAGCUGGCGAGAUAUAUGCGGACGCACCGAGACUUAUCACUGGAGGUCCUUGGGCCAUCGAUGGCGACGGCGAGCAGACUCAGUCCCCAAACCCCCUGCAGAUUUACGGCACCAAUGGGCCUGGGCACAUUCUCCAUCACAACCAGGGCGACGGACGAUCCUCUUCUCCAGCUGGACAGAUUCAGAGGCCCGGACGUGUGAAUACUUCUCCACAAGUUCACCUGGUCGGAGGCGAGGAUCAUUCCGAUGGCACUGUCGGAGACAAAGAAGACAACGCCAAUCUAGCUCUAGAUGAUCAUCGAAAUAGAGGACACUUUCAAAUAGGACAAAAGGCCACAAACAGCGGGACAAGCGACGCACCGGACUCCGCAUGCAAGGUUAAGGACGCUUUAAAACACAGACACUAUGAGUGCAUACAUCAAGCCCCAGAUCCAGGAAAGGAAGGAAAAGGAAAAGAAAAUACCUUCCCAUCGCAUAUGCACUCGGUCUUCGACUCGUGUCCGCCGACGGACAAUAUAUCAACCACGAAUCCCCGCAUACCGUGGAUCGCCAAUGCGUCCCAUCGCUUACUGCUGCGUGCUAAGAACCGACCAUAUACAGACCUCUACAACGACUACCACCGACUUCACGGAGAUUGGACUCAUUUACAGGAAGAGAAUACCCGACAACGAAUUACGCUGAGCCACUACGAAACGGAGAGCGCAACGAUCAAGUACGAAAACUUGAGGAUGCAACUGGAGUUAGGUUGGCUGCGGAGCGAAGUGGCGAGAUUGCAAGCGUCGCAAGCAGGUAGCUAG